AGUUGUUGGUUGAGGAUAACAUGAAGAAUGCUAAAGCGGAUUGGAAAAAUCUCCCAACACUCCCUCUGUUUUUGAUUCUUCAGAAAUUAGAUGUUCCCGACAAUCUGGUUCGAUUCGGUGUUGUCUGUAAGUAUUGGCAUUCCGUCUUCAAUAAUUUUCUUGACUCAAAAAGACGAUCAUCACUUACUCUAGUUCCCAUGUUGUUGAUUCCAUCUAAAAAGAGAAACAUAGGUCGAAAAUUAUACAGCCUACAAGCCAAAGCAAAAAUCUACAGCAUUGGGUUACCAGAGUCUCAUACGAAGAGAUCUUUUAGUUGUUGUUAUGGUUGGUUAGCUGCUGUGGACAAGAAGUUGGUUAUAACCCUUUUAAAUCCUUUUAAAGGUGGGAUCACAAUUGAUCUCCCCGAGAUUGAGAUUGAAACCUAUCAGAGAAGCUCAUUAGGCUACCAACAUGACAUUAAAAAGGUUUUUUUGUCAGUUGACCCUUUAUUGCAUCCGGAUGAUUAUAUUGUCGUGACUAUCUAUAGCAUUUAUUCUAAAUUAGCCUUCUAUAAACCCGGACAAAGAAGUUGGAUAUAUCUAGAUAAAAAUAUUAUGCUUAUCCAUGAUGUAAUAUUUUAUAAAAAUUUGGUUUAUGCUAUUGGAUCUUGGAAUAAGAUAGUCUCUUUUGAUGUUAAUAUUGAUAAUCUCGACGACACUUGGAAGUCACCAAAUUUGAAGACAGUCAUAUCAGCACAAUAUCAAAGGUUAAAGGAUUAUAUAUAUCGAGCACAUCUUUUUGAAUCAUCUAAGGGAGAUUUAUUCUCUAUUUAUAGGGAAUGGGGUGUUGUUGAUGACAAUGAUCAUCUUGUACGAUUUACUAAGAAUUUCAAGGUUUACAAGUUAGUUUUGGAUGAUCAAAGUGGUGAAUUGUUAGAGGAAAAGGAGGUAAAAAAUAUAAAUGGGGAUAUAGUGUUUGUUGGUAAUAACCAGACUUUGGUUGUCUCUGCUUUAGAUUUUCCUGAAGCCCAACCUAAUUCUAUAUACUUCACAGAUGAUUAUUUCAUUGGAUCAUACUAUAAGCCAUAUGGUCCUCGAGAUAUUGGUUUCUUCAACCUAAAAAAUGGAAGCAUGGGAAAACAUUAUCAAUUCGAACCUCAGCACACAUUUCUAUCUCCAUAUAUUUGGAUCUUACCAUCAGUUAAAUUUAAAUUAAGCUCGGCGUAA